AUGGGUUGUUGCGUGAGUAGUAACAGAUCUUCACUCUCAACAUCGUCACCAACGAGAAGCAAAGCAUGUCAAGCACCAAGAUCUAGCACGAAAGGCUUAGAAAACAGAGCACCCCCUCUUGAGGAAGAGACAGUGAAGGAGGUGUUGUUGGAAACACCCAAAUGGCAACCGAGCGUGGCGAAAUUUGAAGCAGAGAAGCCAAAGAGUUUUGAAAAAUUCGAAGGAGGAGAUAGCAAAUUGGUUGAGAAGUCAUUGAACAAAGCCGAUGAGAUCUCUGAAGUCUCAGAAGUUUGCAGCUUGAGCGAGAGCGUGUCCACAACUACAUUCACUGAGGAAGAAACGCGCCACCAAAGGGUCAGUAGAUCUCCGGCGAAGGUGCGAAAUAACCGCUCUCUCUCCGGUGACUUCGGCGCCCGGAGAGAUAGGACGGCUGGGAAAUCUCCGGCGAGGAGGUCGGAGCAAUCCCCGGGGAAAAGGAAUGUUGGGUCUGUCAGAAUUGUUCAGAGCAGAGAUCAAAUGGGCAAUGGGGGAAUCGGUAACCAGCAUCGCCGGCGAGACGCCGGCGAGAAUUCCGGUCGCCGAUCCAGGUCGCCGGCUACCCGCACCGACAAUGGAGCAACUAGAUCCGUGGUGGGUCGGAGUCCUUCUGCGAGGAGAACGAAUCAAUCCCCGGGUCGGGUCAGAACCGCCGCGCCGGGAAGUGUUGGCCGGAAAAUGGAGAAUUCGAGCAUGGAGGGUAAAUGGCCAUCAUCAUCUAACGAGUCUCUAGAAAAUCCUCUUGUGUCAUUGGAAUGCUUCAUAUUUCUCUAGGCAAAGCAAUUAUGGCGGUGGUGGCGGCACCAUAGAGUAGGUGAGAUUGGUGCUAGAGUCCUAGUUAUUUAGUCAUUAUUAGUAACUCAUUAAUUUGUGUACUUUCUUUAAUUAAUAUCGGAAGGUAAGCAAUUUGGGUGUAAAUAUUUGAAGUCAAUGGUCAAAUUAGGGACUUUAUGGGAGGGAAAGAGAGACAGUGGAUGAUUUGUCCCAAGUCCCAACAUGACCUUUUGGAUAGUUGAAUACGUAAAUUCUAAUGCUAGUGGUAAAAAAUUGACCUCUGUUUUACUUCUAUUGCACCACUGCUCUGUUCAUUUUUCUCCUCUGGCAAGUUAGGAAAGAUUGCGUUUCUGCCAUAUUGAUUUAGUCUGCACCAAAAUAUUCACCUACGCUUCUGUGACAACGAAAGAUUCAACCUUACGGUGAACUACAGAGUUGAAUGAGAAGACAAAUCAUAAAAUGUAUUCAACUUUUUUUACUAUAAAAUU